GGGAGCCGCGGCGGGGGCGGGGGAAAGGAGCGGCGGCGGCGUCAGGAGAACGGAGAGGGGCGGCGGCGCCGGGCAGGGCCCCGCGGGGUCCUUCGGCGACGGGAGCUGAGGGAGCGGGAUCGGCGGCGCGAUGAACCUGGAGCUGCUCGAGUCCUUCGGCCAGAACUACCCCGAGGAGGCGGACGGGACGCUGGACUGCAUCAGCAUGGCCCUGACGUGCACCUUCAACCGCUGGGGCACGCUGCUGGCCGUGGGCUGCAACGACGGCAGGAUCGUCAUCUGGGACUUCCUCACCCGCGGCAUCGCCAAAAUCAUCAGCGCGCACAUCCACCCCGUGUGCUCGCUGUGCUGGAGCCGGGACGGGCACAAGCUGGUGAGCGCCUCCACCGACAACAUCGUGUCCCAGUGGGACGUCCUGUCCGGGGACUGCGACCAGCGCUUCCGCUUCCCCUCGCCCAUCCUCAAGGUCCAGUACCACCCCCGCGACCAGAACAGGGUGCUGGUGUGCCCCAUGAAGUCGGCCCCGGUGAUGCUGACCCUGUCGGACUCCAAGCACGUGGUGCUGCCCGUGGACGACGACUCCGACCUCAACGUGGUGGCGUCGUUCGACCGCCGUGGGGAAUACAUCUACACCGGGAACGCCAAGGGCAAGAUCUUGGUCUUAAAAACAGACACUCAGGAUCUUGUUGCUUCCUUCAGAGUGACCACAGGGACCAGCAACACCACGGCCAUAAAAUCCAUCGAGUUCGCCCGCAAAGGGAGCUGCUUCCUGAUCAACACGGCCGACCGCAUCAUCCGCGUGUACGACGGGCGCGAGAUCCUGACCUGCGGCCGCGACGGGGAGCCCGAGCCCAUGCAGAAACUGCAGGACCUGGUCAACAGGACCCCGUGGAAGAAGUGCUGCUUCUCGGGGGACGGCGAGUACAUCGUGGCGGGCUCGGCGCGGCAGCACGCGCUCUACAUCUGGGAGAAGAGCAUCGGCAACCUGGUGAAGAUCCUGCACGGCACCCGCGGCGAGCUGCUCCUGGACGUGGCCUGGCACCCGGUGCGUCCCAUCAUCGCCUCCAUCUCCAGCGGCGUCGUUUCCAUCUGGGCCCAGAACCAAGUGGAAAACUGGAGCGCCUUUGCCCCGGAUUUCAAGGAGCUGGAUGAAAAUGUGGAAUACGAGGAGAGGGAGUCGGAAUUCGACAUCGAGGAUGAGGAUAAGAGCGAGCCCGAGCAGACAGGUGCCGAUGCUGCCGAGGAUGAGGAGGUGGACGUGACCAGUGUGGAUCCCAUCGCCGCCUUCUGCAGCAGUGACGAGGAGCUGGAGGACUCGCGGGCCCUGCUGUACCUCCCCAUCGCCCCGGAGGUGGAGGACCCCGAGGAGAAUCCCUACGGGCCCCCUCCGGACGCCGUUCCCGGCUCCCUGCCCGACGAGGGGCUGGGCCCCGACAGGAAGCGCCCCAGCUCCUCGGACGGGCCCCAGGCCCCCAGGAAAAAACCCAAAACCACCAACAUCGAGCUCCAGGGAGUCCCCAACGACGAGGUGCACCCGCUGCUGGGCGUGAAGGGCGACGGUAAAUCCAAGAAGAAGCAGGCGGGCAGGCCCAAAGGAUCAAAAGGUAAAGACAAAGAUUCUCCAUUUAAACCGAAACUCUACAAAGGGGACAGAGGUUCUUUACCUCUGGAAGGAGCGGCCAAGGGCAAAGUGCAGGCGGAGCUGGGCCAGCCCCUCACAGGUGGUGCAAUCUCAGAGUUGCUAUGAAGACUCUCCCCUUCUCUCCCUGUCUCCUUUAUCCUCUCUUGGCCUCCCCGGCGUGGAAAACGCUGGGAAUUCCCAGUCAGGACUGGCACAGACUGAAUUCCGUGGAUUCAGGGAGGGAUUUGGGGGCAGGAAUGACUCUGGAAGAGGGAGCAGCCCCCGCGCUCCUGCUGCCUCUCCGUGGAUCGGGCGCGGGGAGGGCUCGGACCGAGCUCCAGCCGGGAAUUUUGGGGACAAAUCCCCGACCUGAGCCCCUUCCCUGCCACUCCAGAGCCUUCUCCACCUUCACCUCCCAAAAAUCUCAUCAUUCCCGGAUGGAAGAGCUCCCCAAAGUGUGGGAAUUCGGAUUCCUGACUGCGUCCUGCCAAGCCCCCCUUUUCCAGCUGGGAAUUCCCGUCCGGCCGAGCCCGUUCCUGCCCAGCUCUUCCCGGGGUGAUCAGGGCAGAGCCGCUGAUCCCAGCCCGGAUUUUCAGGAAUUUCCAGCGGGAUGUGAGGAGCUGAGGCCCCUCUGGAAUCUGCCUUGGCUUUGUGUUUAUUUUUCCUGCUCAGAAGGAGCAGCUUUAGAUAAAAAACUCAUUUUCCAAUGGUUUUUUUUGAUUUUUUUUCCCAGCCUGUGAUUCCCAAAGCUCUGCUGGAGUUCCCUCCUGUCCUUUCCAGUGGUUUUGUUCCUUCUUUUCCCUGGGAAAUGCUCCUCCAGGAAUAUCCAGGCUCCUUCUUCCCUGCAACAUAAAUUAAAACCAAUUUUUUUUAUUCCCCUCUUGGAACUGAAACAGAACUUCUCCAAAGGGUUUCUAUUUUUCCCAAUUCCGGGUUAAAAAUGGAAGCUGGCAGCUCAUUCCCAACCUUUUAUUCCUUCAGGAUUUCCUGUAGGGAUGGGAGUGGCACUUCCCCUGUCCAGCACCCACAGCCUGGCACCUCUUAUCCCAGAUAAAAUGAAAUUUCAUUCCUAAAUCCCAUUUUUUUUCCCAGACUUUGGCGUUUUGUUGCUCUCGGUGUAAUUAUUGGGAUUAUCAGGAGAUAUUUAAAUUUCCCAGCGUCCUGCAGACAUUAAAAGCAGGAAGGGACUUGUGAUGCGUUUGCAGCCAGAACUGUGCAGAUUAAAAAAAAAAAGAAAUGAGGAGAGAGAAAACAUUUGGAAAUCAGAGAUUUUGAAAUCCUUCAAAACUCGACGUUUUCAUUCCCAGCUUUGGGGUCAUUUGAGUUCAUUUCGGGAAAUUUAUGACCACGAGUGUAAAAUUCCUUUUUUUUGUUUGUUUUUUUUUGUUCUUUUUGCUCGUGGGUGACUCUGCCGUGCCAAACCCUCCCUGGGGUCGCUGGGCCUGAGCCCCCAAAUCCCGAAUGCACAGGCCAAGGCUCUGCAGGUUGGAUUAAAAUGUGGAAUUCACCCCAAAGUCAGAGUUCCCUCUGUACAGUGUAAAUGCCCUGCCUUGGUCUAUUCCCAUCCUUAUUUUAUUUCCUGGUUGGUUUCCAUCCUUCUUUCCUGCUUUAUUCCCAUCUUUAUUUGAUUUCCUGCUUUAUUCCCGUCCUUAUUUUAUUUCCUGCUUUAUUCCCAUCUUUAUUUUAUUUCCUGAUUUAUUCCCAUCUUUAUUUUAUUUCCUGAUUAAUUCCCAUCCUUAUUCUAUUUCCUGAUUAAUUCCCAUCCUUAUUCUAUUUCCUGCUUUGUUUCCUUCCUUCUUUCCUGCUUUAUUCCCAUCUUUAUUUUAUUUCCCAUUUUAUUCCAAUCUUUAUUUCCUGCUUUAUUCCUAUCCUUCUUCUAUUUCCUGGUUUCUUUCCAUCCUUCUUUCCUGCUUUAUUCCCAUCCUUAUUCUGUUUCCUGCUUUAUUCCCAUCUUUAUUUUAUUUCCUGCUUUAUUCCCAUUCUUAUUUUAUUUCCUGCUUUAUUCCCAUCUUUAUUUUAUUUCCUGAUUAAUUCCCAUCCUUAUUCUAUUUCCUGCUUUGUUUCCUUCCUUCUUUCCUGCUUUAUUCCCAUCUUUAUUUUAUUUCCCAUUUUAUUCCAAUCUUUAUUUCCUGCUUUAUUCCCAUCCUUCUUUUAUUUCCUGGUUUCUUUCCAUCCUUCUUUCCUGCUUUAUUCCCAUCCUUAUUUUAUUUCCUGCUUUAUUCCCAUCUUUAUUUUAUUUCCUGCUUUAUUCCCGUCCUUAUUUUAUUUCCUGUUUUAUUCCCAUCUUUAUUUUAUUUCCCACAUUAUUCCAAUCUUUAUUUCCUGCUUUAUUCCCAUCCUUCUUCUGUUUCCUGCUUUAUUCCCAUCUUUAUUUUAUUUUAUUUCCUGUUUUAUUCCCAUCCUUCUUUUAUUUCCUGGUUUCUUUCCAUCCUUCUUUCCUGCUUUAUUCCCAUCCUUAUUUUAUUUUAUUUCCUGCUUUGUUCCCAUCCUUAUUUUCUUUCCUAUUUUAUUCCCAUCCUUAUUCUGUUUCCUGCUUUAUUCCCAUCUUUAUUUUAUUUUAUUUCCUGUUUUCUUUCCAUCCUUGUUUUAUUUCCUGCUUUAUUCCCAUCCUUGUUCUGUUUCCUGCUUUAUUCCCAUCUUUAUUUUAUUUUCUUUCCUAUUUUAUUCCCAUCCUUAUUUUAUUUCCUGGUUAUUCCCAUCCUUAUUUUCUUUCCUGCUUUAUUCCCAUCUUUUAUUUUCUUUCCUGUUUUCUUUCCAUCCUUGUUUUAUUUCCUGUUUUAUUCCCAUCCAUAUUUUAUUUCCUGGUUAUUCCCAUCUUUAUUUUAUUUUAUUUCCUGGUUAUUCCCAUCUUUAUUUUAUUUUAUUUCCUGUUUUAUUCCCGUCCUUAUUUUAUUUCCUGUUUUAUUCCCAUCUUUAUUUUAUUUCCCAGUUUGUUCCCAUCCUUAUUUUAUUUCUGGUUUAUUCCCACCCUUAUUUUAUUCCCUGGUUUUGUACAAUAUCGGAUCAGCUCCUGCAGUGGUGAUGGUUCUGUGUUUGUAAAUAAAGAGGAACCUUCCAUUUCCUAAAA